AAGACACGAGCGUGAUUGUCCAUUCCUCAAAACGAGGCUUACGCGAACUUCCGCUGAACUUCAGUACUGACAGCUCGAAAAACCAAUAUGGCGGAAAUGGGGGAUGAGAAGACUGUUUUCGUCACUGUUGGAACAACAAGUUUUGAUCACUUAAUCGAAACAAUUUCGAGCAAAGCGUUGGUAGAACUUUUUGAGAGGUUAGGCUACCACUCCAUUAUUUUACAAAUUGGAAGAGGUAUUUAUGAACCAGAGAUCAUAAAUAGGAAAGGCUUCUCUAUGAAAUACUACAGAUAUAAAGAUUCAAUAGAAGAGGAUAUCCAAAGAGCAUCGCUUGUGAUCAGUCACGCUGGGGCUGGUAGUGUAUUAGAGACCUUGCAAGCUGGUCGACCACUAAUCGUUGUAAUCAAUGAGCUUUUAAUGGACAAUCAUCAGAUGGAAUUGGCAAGUCAGCUGGCUGAGGAUGGUCACUUGCGUUACGCAACUUGCAGCACACUUGAGGAAACAUUAAAAGAAAGAGAUUUAUCAGAGCUGAAACCUUUUCCUCCUGGGAAACCUGAACUUUUCUCGUCAUUCUUAGACAAGGUUAUGGGAUUUGAUCAUUUGUGAGAAAGGAUCCUCAAAGGAUUAAACAAUAAUGACAAACUUAGUCAAGUUAGUGAAAUGGAGGGAUCAUAUGAAGGAUGAAAGAAGUGUAAAGAACUUUUGUGAUAAACAAUAUUCUGAAAAAUUAAUGAAACAUAAUCAACUAAUAUCUCACCUCUCAAGGUUAUGGGAUGAGUAUCACAUACCGUAUUUAUUAGAUUAAGUACCCAGGGUGCUUAUUUAAUUUUUGGACUUUCAGGGUGGGCGCUUAUUCAAGGUGGGCACUUAUUCGAGGCUGGGUACUUAUUAAAUUUUCACCAUUUUCAGUAAAUAAAAAGUUUAUUUUGUAACAAACAAUAAAUAAGAACAAAACAUGACAAAAUAUUAAAGCAUAUAAAUUGUAACUGUUCAUUGUUCAGUUUAUGCCAAGGACUAACAACUCAUUGUUCAGUCUUUGCAGAAGUCUCUUUAGCUAUCAUAAUUCUCAAUCAUCAUAAAGGUUUCAGACAAUGAAACUAAAGAUUGUAAGCCAUUAAAGAAAUACCGUAAUAAUCAAUA